AUGCCCGCCGUCGACGUUUCAUCUGUCCCUGCCGUCUCCGGCAAGGAGACCGCUCAGUCGGUCGCUGUCCUCGAGGACCUCAUCAAGAACCUCAACGUCUCGACCAGCCCCGAUGAGGUCAACGCCGCUGCCGGCAACCUUGCCUCUCUUUUCGGCGGUCCCAUCCCCGAGCAGACCCUGCCCCUGAAGGCCGUUGAGACCUUCAAGAAGCAACUUGCCAACAAGAAGGAUGCUCUGGCCCGCGAGCGUGCCCUCGAGGGCAUCCGCGCCAUUGCGUCGCACACCACCAUCGCUCCCGGUGUGGAACCUCACCUCGCCACACUCAUUGGCCCCGUUCUCGCCGCCGUCGGCGACAAGAUGACCCCCGUCCGGGAGGCCGCCCAGAGCGCCGCUGCCGCCCUCGUUCAGGCCAUCAACGGCAACGCCGUCAAGGCGAUCGUUCCUCCCAUUCUCGAGUCUCUCGCCAACGCCCAGAAGUGGCAGGAGAAGAUGGCCGCUCUGGCUUGCAUUGACACCCUCGUCGAGUCUGCCCCCGCUCAGCUCUCCUACCAGGUCCCCAACCUGAUCCCCGUCGUCUCCGGCGCCAUGUGGGACACCAAGUCUGAGAUCAAGAAGACCGCCUACGCCACCAUGGAGAAGGUCUGCGGCCUGAUCGUCAACAAGGAUAUUGAGCGCUUCAUUCCCGAGCUCAUCAAGUGUGUUGCCAAGCCCGAGAACGUUGCCGAGACUGUUCACUUGCUCGGUGCUACCACUUUCGUGUCCGAUGUCACCGGCCCCACCCUCGCUAUCAUGGUUCCCCUGCUGGACCGUGGUCUCGUGGAGCGUGAGACCGCCAUCAAGCGUAAGGCCGCUGUCAUCGUCGACAAUAUGUGCAAGCUUGUCGAGGACCCCCAGAUUGUUGCUCCUUUCCUGCCCCAGUUGAUGCCCCGUCUGGAGAAGAACCACGACACCCUGGCCGACCCCGAGGCCCGUGAGAAGACCCGCCAGGCCCUCGACACCCUCACCCGUGUGGGUAAUGUCAAGGAUGGCAAGAUCCCCGAGAUCUCCACCGCUGGUGACAUCUCCACCGUCUCUGCCAUCCUCAAGGAGAUCCUGGAACCCAAGUACAAGAGCCAGAUUCCUCAGUGCGAGGCCGUCAUCACCUACGUCGCUGCCAUCGCUGGUCAGCUCGUCGACGAGAAGGACAGCGAGGUCGUCACCUGGACCCAGAACGCCCUUCCCUACAUCACCGCCAUGGUCGGUGAGGCCGAUGCCAAGUCCAUCGCCGAGUCUCUGCGCAAGCAAGCCUCCCCCGAGGCCGCUGCCGCUGACGAGGUCCCCUCCGACGAGGAGGAGGGUGAGGAUCUGUGCAACUGCACCUUCUCUCUGGCCUAUGGUGCCAAGAUCCUGCUCAACCAGACUCACCUGCGCCUGAAGCGUGGCCAGCGCUACGGUCUCCUGGGCCCCAACGGUUCCGGCAAGACCACCCUCAUGCGCGCCAUCAACAACGAGCAGCUCGAGGGUUUCCCCAAGAAGGACGAGGUCAAGACCGUCUACGUCGAGCACGACCUGGAUGCUGCCGAUACUGAGCUGACUGUCAUUGGCUGGACCUUCAAGAAGCUGAAGGAGGUCGGCCUGGAGCUCUCGCAGGAGGAAGUUGAGGGCAAGCUCGGGGGUGAGUUCGGUUUCUCCCAAGCCCAGAUCGAGGGCCCCAUCACCGCCCUGUCUGGUGGUUGGAAGAUGAAGCUGGCUCUGUGCCGUGCCGUCUUCGAGAGCCCCGAUAUUCUUCUGCUUGACGAGCCCACCAACCACUUGGACGUCAAGAACGUUGCUUGGCUCGAGGACUACCUUAAGAGCUCUCCUUGCACUUCCAUCAUGGUCUCCCACGACAGCAAGUUCCUGGACCAUGUCAUCCAGCACGUCAUUCACUACGAGCGCUUCAAGCUUAAGCGUUACCGUGGCACCCUGAGCGAGUUCGUCAAGCGCGUUCCCUCCGCCCGGUCCUACUACGAGCUGAGCGCCUCCGACAUGGAGUUCAAGUUCCCCGAGCCCGGUUUCCUUGAGGGUGUCAAGACCAAGUCCAAGGCCAUCGCCCGUGUCAACAACAUGUCCUUCCAGUACCCCGGUACUCCCAAGCCCCAGAUCAGCGACAUCUCCUUCCAGGUGUCCCUGGGCUCCCGUAUUGCCGUUAUCGGUCCCAACGGUGCCGGCAAGUCGACUCUCGUUAACGUCCUGACUGGUGAGCUCAUCCCCACUUCGGGUGAUGUCUACCAGCACGAGAACAUCCGUAUCGCCUACAUCAAGCAGCACGCUUUCGCUCACAUCGAUAACCACCUCGACUCCACUCCCUCCGAGUACAUCCAGUGGCGCUUCCAGACCGGUGAGGACCGUGAGACCAUGGACCGUGCCAACAAGAUCGUCACCGAUGAUGACGAGAAGGCCAUGGAGAAGAUCUACAAGGUCGAAGGCUCCCUCCGUCGCGUCAUUGGCAUCCACUCCCGCCGCAAGUUCAAGAACACCUACGAGUACGAGAUCUCGUGGUCGCUGGGUGACAACGUCGGCAUGAAGGGCGAGAAGUGGACCCCGCUGAUGAGCAACGACAACACCUGGCUGCCUCGCUCAGAGAUCAUCGUGUCUCACCCCAAGCAGGUCGCUGAGGUUGACCAGAAGGAGGCUCUCGCCUCCGGUCAGUUCCGUCCCCUGGUCCGCAAGGAGAUCGAGCAGCACUGCGCCAACUUCGGCCUCGACGCCGAGCUGGUCUCUCACUCCCGCAUGCGCGGUCUGUCCGGUGGCCAGCGUGUCAAGGUCGUCCUGGCUGCCUGCUCUUGGCAACGCCCCCACGUCAUCGUCUUGGACGAGCCCACCAACUACCUCGACCGUGACUCCCUCGGCGCCCUCUCCAAGGCCCUCAAGUCCUUCGAGGGUGGUGUUGUUAUCAUCACUCACUCGCGUGAGUUCACUGAGAACCUCACUGAGGAAGUGUGGUCCGUCAUGGAUGGCAAGAUGACUCCCUCCGGCCACAACUGGGUCCAGGGCCAGGGCUCCGGUCCCCGUCUUGACCAGAAGGGCGAUGAUGAUGAGGACAAGUUCGAUGCCAUGGGCAACAAGAUCACUGUCGAGAAGAAGAAGAAGCUCACUGGUUCUGAGCUGCGCAAGAAGAAGAAGGAGCGUGCUGCCCGCCGCAAGCGCGGUGAGGAGGUCUUCUCCGAUGAGGACGAUUUUUAA